AUGCCGAUGGUGGGCCCCCUGCAGGCGCACACGAACGUGCGAGAUGUGCUCGCUCCGCUGUUCUCAAACGGCAGGUCAUUCUCGAGCCUGAUCGACGAGCUCAGCAGACACUUCAGGCUCGAGCAGAGCAACGGCAGCCGGUAUCCGUCCUACGACGCUUACGGCGACGAUCCGGUGGGGGUGCUCGAAGCCAGCAGCGAGAGCCAGUCCACGGACAGCGAGGCAGAGGGGAACCUCAGCGACGAGACGGACUCCCGUCUUGUCCAGGCCCGCGUUAGCGCCCAGGGUCGCUCUUCGGACACCGUCGCGCCGGUAGCGGCAGCGGUCGUGGCACCACAAGGAGCGGCGCCCUCGCCCGCUGUUGAGCAGCCGCCGUUGCCUCCCCUUCCCGGUCCCUCGGCCACGGGCGUGGCAGAACCGCCGCCAGCACAACCCGAGGCGCUGGCGCCGACGCGGAGAACGCGCUCUCGCUCACGGCGACAGCAGCAGCCAGCUCAAGCUUCGCCGGCAGCGGGGGGGGGGGUGGAGUCCCCUCAGGCGGCAAAGAGAAACUCAACAAGAGGAGGGGGGGGAGGAGGAAUCUCGUCUCAAAAUGGCGACUGUAGCGGCGCAGCCGCAGCAGCAGCCGCCGCCGCCACUGGAGGCGGAGGCGGAGGCGUGGGUCCGGCGGCGACGGGAGCAAUGCCAAGCCGUAGCGGUGGGGGCGGGGCGGCUGCAACAACAAGAAGCGGGAAGAGUUUUUUCAGCGGGGACGAGCUGACGGUGCUGUCGGUGACGGCGAACGCGGACGGGUGGAGCGAGGCCGUGGGCGCCGCGCUGGCGACGAGGGCGCGGGCGGGGUACGUGUUCGCGCAGGAGGUGGACCCGGACAGCCAGCAGAGCACGGAGUUCGUGCGAGAGAUGUUUUUGGACGAGAGCUCCGGCGCACGGAAGGCGCUAGAGUUGCGAAGGAGGCUCAUCCCCGUGUCGCAGAAGGUCCUGCUGUGCUCGGCGUGGGUGGACUCCGGAGAAUACCUGGCCGCGGCGGCGAGGCUGGUGGCCCAGUGCCACGCGGAAGUCUUCGGCAUCGCUUGCGUGCGGUUCGAGCAAAACUGCAGCACCGAGGGCCUCGUGGACCGGUUUAACCUGUUCGCGAAGUCGAUGCCGAAAGGGAGCGUCCCUCCCCUCAACAUGGGCAUGAAGAGUUGCAUCCCCGCCUCCCUCACCAAAGGUUUCCACGGCUACACCUUCAACAGCGGAGGGAGUCGGCCAGGCGGACCAGCACAAUCGGCAAGCCGCGGGGGAAGCAAAGUCGCGGGGAGCAGCGGCGCCGCCGGAGUUGACGACGGCGGCGGCGGGGGAGGCGGGGCGAGCGGGGCUGUCGGUGCAGCGGGAGGUUGCGCGGACGGCGGAGCACCGGCGCCCGGCGACGAUGUCGGGCAGGACACCCGCGCGAGAAAGCGGAGACGCAGCAGGGACGCGCCCACCGGCCAAAACAAUGUAGACGCGAUCGGGAGUUUCCGGCCGACGACAAGUGUCGGCGGUGCCGCCGCCGCUGCCGCCACGGCCACCGCCACCUCGGCUGCCCCCCCCACUGUUGUUGCGCCCGUUGCGCCGGCUGUGGCUUCGGCUCCCGAGCCGAUGGAGGAGGACAGCAUGAUACCCGCGUCGGACGAGGUGUCGGCGGGGGAAGGGGUUGCGGAGCCCGGCGACGGCGGCCGGCCCGCAGAGGGGGAGAGGUUCGGGGGCGGGGCGCUGAGCGAGGGCGAGAGAACAGCGGGUGUUGGCAGCCGGAGCGGGGACGGCGUGGGUGGGCGGGGGUGGCGCCAGCUGAUAGGGGGAGCGAUAUUUAGCGAGGAGGAAGGAGACUACGCCGCGGACUCCGAGCGCAGCACCGACCACGAGCCGGUGCACCUCUACGGCGGGGGUAGCGGCGGCGGCGGCGGCGGCGGGGGAGGAGGCCGCGAGAGCGACGAGCACGAGAUGUCGGAAAGGGAGGUGUUCCGCCGCAGCCGGGGAAGAAGCGGCCGCCGGGGGCGGGGGCGAAGCCGAGGACCCGCUGCGCAACAUGGCGGCGGCGGGGGCGAUGGGCGUGCGGGUUCCAGACCCUCGAGCCCAGAGACCUGCUUGGAGGCCGACGGCGAGAGCAGCUCCAACAGGGGGAGCCAGCAGGCAGCUUCCCGUCGGGAUGGUGGGGGGUCAAAGGACCCAGAGUUGGACAGGGAUCGCGCCAGCAGCUGCAGCAGCGCCGACUCGCCAAAUCCAGAUCGGCGGCCGGUUUCUUGCGGAAGUGGUAACGGGGAGGCGAGGGGUGGCGUAACGGGCAAGAGUUUCGACGAGACGAAGGGCAGGGCCUCGCCGUCCGCGGCGGCGGCGGCGGCGGCGGCGACUCAAGCGGCUGCGGCUCAAGCGGCGGCGGCAGCACAACCACCGCCGACAUCGAACAAGCCCUCUGCUGCCGCUGCUGCUCCGUUCAACAGCCCGGGCGGGGUCAUCCCGUGGCACCACACGAGCGUGUACGAGGCGAACAACCCUACCGAGGACCGCCACGCGGAGCUCUCCCAUGACGCUCUCGGCAUCAAGGUCUACUGCGUGUGCGACGGCCACGGCGGCAGCCGCGCCGCGCAGUUCGUGUGCGACAACCUCGCGGCCGACGUCCUGACGCGAGUCGAGUCGAUAGAAGCGGCAGCAGCCCCGGCGACGGCGCGGGGGCGAGGCGGGAGCGAUGCCGGUGGUGGCGACGACGACCGGGCCGGCCGCGAGGCAGAGAUCCGGGUGUCGUUAGCUGACGCGUUCACCUCUUGCGACGAGCAGUUCAUCGCCCAGCUCGAUCCGACGAAGAACCGGGGCUACAUCAAUGCCGGCUGCUGCGUCGUGCUCGCCCUCCUGGUCCGCUCCCAGCUCUUCCUGGCUCACGUCGGGGACUGCCGAGUCGUUCUGGGAACCACGGACGCCGCUCGGUUUCCCCCCGACUUGCUGUCCACGGCUAAGAACACGCCGUCGCCCUCGCCCCCGAGUAGUUCGGGGAAGGGGCGGGUGGGAGCGGCAGGAGGAAAACGCGGUGCUAGCGGCGGCAAGGGGGGAGACGGGGGGCCUGCGGCUGGCAGGGGUAGGUGUUCCAAGGGGGGGGGGGGGGCGGCGACGGCGACGGCGACGGCAGGGCCGAGGCGUGUGGGGUCCCCGCUUCGGGCCGCCGGCGCCGCUGACAGCGAGCUGAAGGCCAUCGCUCUAUCCCGGGAUCACAACUGCGAUGACGCGGACGAGGUUGCGCUUGUGCGGGCGCGCAGCGGAGAUGACAACGCCAUCCGCGCGAGCCGCAACGACGAGUGGAAGGGCGCGCGGGCGAUCAAGCGGGUGGCGGGGUCGCUCGCGGUCACCAGGGCGAUAGGGGACGCGUACCUCAAGAGGGCAGUGUUCAGCUUCAGCCCUUACAAGGAGGGGGUCCCGUACAUCACCGCCGAACCCGAGGUGACAGUCGUGGAGCUCACGUCGAAGGACCGCUUCUUGGUGCUCGCGAGCGACGGCGUGUGGGAGCAGGUGUCCAACGAAGAAGCGGUGCAAUGCGUGUCGGGAGCGUUAGCGUCUGCGAGCGGCUCCAUGGGUCGCCGGCAGCGGUCGGCCGCUAGUCGUACGGCGGCCGGCGGCGGCGGCGGCGGCAGCGGCGGGGCGGUGCCCUUCACCAGCGACGCUCUCGUCGACUUCGUGCUCGCGCGCUCGGCGCAGAGCCACGGCAUGUCGGUGCCCGCCCUGCGGGCGUUGCCGCGGGGCUCGUCGAGGAGGAUGCUGCACGACGACGUGUGCGCCACGGUGGUUCACUUUACCCCGGCCCCGCCGCAGCAGGCGCCGCUCUGAUAGGGGAGGAGAGGGCAGAGGUUAAGAUGAAAAUGACGAAGCGUCUUUUUGGAAGGCUGUUCGUUUGUGUGUGUGUUUUUUUUGCUUUUCGAGAGGGAACGACGUUGCCGUUUGUGCCCAUGUGGCGCACCAGAGAACGAGUCAUCAUGUUGUACCGGGUGUUUUGCCCGCCCCCUUUUGCCAUAGACAAGCGGUUGGCGUCGGGGCUUUACAGACCGGUUGAAAAAUGUUGGUUUCGCCGCUUGAGAGAUGGUAUGUGGCGAGCACGAGGAAGACUGUCGUGACACUCUUGUCGUAACGUGCUUCCCCAAAAGAAGGUGGGUGUGGUCUUCUCCCCUCGAAAGUGUAGUAGUGCGAUCAACGGUGGGCAUGCACGCGCGCCCACUUGCUGUGUUUCCCGGUGGCUCUGGAUCUGGACCUGGCUUGCACUCUUGGUGGUGAGUUCGUGCUAUGUAGCUUCGUGGCGGCGUCUUCCCCCAGAAACACGCCAUCGGUCCGUAGCGCUAUAUACUGCGCCGGUUCGACGGUGCGAGGCUGCGAUUGAUCGUUGCUGAAUCGCACGGCCGGUGCGCUGCUGACCGGGUGAGAGUUCGCUGAUGGUACGCACGUUUUUGGGUGUGACUCCACUGCUCAGGCGGGUGGCGUGGCCUUGUCGCGUGAUGCAUGGAAUGCUUCUUCUUCCGGUCGUUCGAUCUACAAGAACGAUUGACUGGUGUAGCGGGACUGUGUUUUUUUUUAUAGGUCAAGCAAGUUUGGGAAUCUUGCGUGAGUGGGUAGAGUAGUAGGUGGCGACGAUAGUAUAGCUCGAGGAGACUGGGCAAGAUUUUCUUUGCUUUCGGUGAGCUGAAUGUAGAUAUUAGCAGCAUACAUAGUAGAAGCGGUGGCGUUCCGAACGGGGCGUGCCGCGUCGUGCUCAAAACGUUUUGCCGCCCUCUGUGUGGAUCAAUGUGGAUGGUGUCGCCAAUAUCUUUUUGUAAACCCUUGGCGGUGGGGGAUGUGUGGUGGUAGUGGUGGGAGGUUGAACCAAACCACGUGUGGUAUGUGCGUGUUCGCC